UCGAUAUUGAGCGAUUCUAACCUCGUCAUUUACGGGCAAAAGUGGGAGUUUUUGGGGGGAUUCUACCUUGCUAUGCUAGCCUACAAAUGUACUUUUAGGCUAGUAGUAACCUAGUAAGGCGUAGGCCUAGUACAAGUUUUACAUUUAGUUGAAUCCCAGAACAUCGUGUUCAGUUUACAGUAUCAUAGACAGUGCCGUAAUUGAGAGAACGUCGCACUCGUAGUCAGUGGAACAAAGAAGCAAGAACUUGAACUUGAAGAAGAACAUGGAUCCAAAAUAUGAAAAGGAACAUCCUAGAAAUCUGAUUCCUGAGUUGUUGAGGCAGUUCUAUCAUCUUGGCUGGAUGACGGGGACAGGGGGAAGCAUGAGCAUAAAGAAGGGCCAUGAGAUCUACAUAGCGCCCUCAGGUGUCCACAAGGAGAGAGUUCAGCCAGAAGAUCUGUUUGUUAUCACCGUAGAUGAAGAAGAUCUCGACGGCCCAUCACCGGAGAAAAAGUUGAAAAAGAGCGAUUGUACCCCACUGUUCAUGAAUGCUCACACUACUAGAAAUGCAGGGGCAGUCAUCCACUCACACUCGAAGAACGCUGUGUUAGCCACACUGCUGUACCCAGGCAAGGAAUUCCGAAUAACGCACAUUGAAAUGGUGAAGGGCAUCAGAAAAGACACAACGGGAGGCAACAUUCGGUAUGAUGAAGAAGUUGUGAUACCCAUUGUUGAGAACACUCCAUUCGAGGCUGACCUCAAAGAUCCUAUGGCUGCAGCAAUGGAGGAAUACCCGGAUACUUGUGCAGUGCUGGUUCGUCGCCAUGGCAUCUACGUGUGGGGAGAAACCUGGCAAAAAGCCAAGGCAAUGUGCGAAUGCUAUGAUUAUCUCUUUGAUGUUGCCGUCCAAAUGAAGAAACUUGGCAUGGAUCCAACACAGAGGCCCAUUGAGCACCAAAAAUGGAAUUCAGUGACUCCGCAAGAGACCUGUCACAAGGUGUGAGUGUUACGACUACCUAUUUGAGAUUGCGUGCGCCAUGAUUCAGCUGGGGAUGGACCCCAGCACCAAGCCCCUGGAGCACUGAUGGCGGCCUGAUGGAAACCAUCUGUUUCUCUCCGAUGAAUUACGCACAAUCUACAGUACUCUAGGCUAAAACAAUCAAAGGAAAUCGGAAACGACGAUGGGUGGCAAUUGCAGUGUCCGAGCUUCAUCUGAGGCAUGCAAUAACUCACCCUGAAUCUUGAUAUCUAUAUUUUAUAUAAAAAAGUAUUUUUUGUCCUUAGAAGAGACAGAUAUAAAUUAAAAAGUACUUCCUUGAGAACGUAAGUGUCUUAUUUCAAAGGAGGAAAACUAGGGACCGGAGAGUUUAGAUUGAAAAUCACUCUAUUUGUAAAUUAAAACACAUUGAAAAAGAAUGAGUUUAAAGGGAAAAUACAACAUUUGCAAACAUCAAAAAAUGA